AAACUGUCGAAAAUUCAUGGUGAAAUUUAAUUUAAUAUUAAUAGUGACAAGUAAGUUCUAAAAAAUGUUAGGUAGUGAGAAGUUAUUUUUCUUAGCCUGUUUAUUUACGCUCAAUCACGGUGACACGAUCGGAUCCAAUCAAUAUGUAUCUGAAAUACCGCAAUACGCGGAAAAUUUAGUACCAGACGCUGGUGCACCAAAUUUCCCGGUCAUUCGUUUGAACUUGGGAUAUGUAAGAGGUCAAUGGUUGACCUCUGCACGUGGUAGAAGAUUCGCGGCAUACAAGGGAAUACCUUACGCCCAAUCACCACUGGGGAAUCUCCGUUUCGAACCACCGCAAGAAAAGAAGCCUUGGCAAGGUAUUCGGAACGCUUUUAACCACGGACCUCAAUGCCCUCAACUACUCUAUCUAGUGAACAAAAUCGUUGGCAACGAGGACUGUCUCUAUAUGAAUGUCUACGUACCCCAGGCAAACGGAAGCCACGAGCCAAGAAAUUCCAACGACCAACUGCUGCCGGUGAUUUUCUUCAUCCAUGGUGGGGCGUGGGUUCUCGGAGCCGGGGACAUGGAUGACUACCUCUAUGGUCCGGACAUAAUAAUGGAUGAAGACGUGAUUCUUGUGACGAUAAAUUACCGCCUCGGAGCCUUGGGUUUUCUGUAUCUACAGGACACGAUUCCGGGGAACAUGGGAAUGAAGGAUCAGUCGAUGGCGCUUAAAUUAAUACAAAAAAACGCAAGGUCCUUCGGCGGAGAUCCGAACCGAAUCGUUAUCAUGGGAGAAAGCGCUGGCGGUGCUUCUGCCGAACUUCAUUCACUGAAUCCAGAAUCGAGGAAGAUCAUGUUUGGCGCAAUUGCUCAGAGUGGUUCGGCCCUUGCUCCUUGGGCCUGGACCAGACCCGACGUCCUGAAUGUCAGAGCCCGUCGUUUGGCCGCGCUUUUGAGAUGUCCAACCAACGUGCAGCCUGGUGAUAUCCUUGAAUGUCUGAAGAGAGCCCAUCCCGCAGAAAUCGUUCGCUAUCAGAUCUUCACCGAUUGGUCGAUUCUGCAAAUUCCCAUCGGAAUCUCUUUCACGCCAACCGCUGAGCCGAAAGGAACGCCAAAUAUAUUUCUCGACGACUGUCCAAGGAACCUUUUGAUUCGGCUUCAAGACUCCCAUCCGAAGGUACCCUAUUUGACAGGAUACAACACUGUGGAGGGUCAAUUGUUCAGCAAAAUAGGUGUUGGCCUGAUCGAUUCUGUCCUACAAUCAAUUGUCAGAAGACUAACAGGUCUUCCUAAAGAACCGAUGACCGUCGCGUAUCUCAGGACGAAACCCAUCCUCAAACAGCCGACACCGAAAAUUAUCGAUAACGUUUUAGGUGAUUGGCAGUUCAAAGGUCCGAUCAUAGACUCGGCUCGAUAUCACUAUUCGGGCGGAUCCAACGUCUUCCUUUACCAUUUCUCGUACAGCGGAAGGAAUAACUUCGUCAAACUCUUCUGGGACAGCAGCCAAGCGCCAACGCACAUGGACGAGCUGACUUAUUUGUUCAAGGGACGUGGAUUGUUCGGAAAGCUGCCCAUAUUGGAGAACGCGUCACCGGAAGCGGCGGUUUCCCAGCGUCUAUUGCGAAUGUGGACUAACUUUGCUAAAACUGGUAACCCAACACCGGGGAACAGCACCGGAGUCGACAUUUACUGGCCCUCGAGGCCGUCGAAGCUGCUUCUCAUCGGGGCAGACUUGAAGAUACGAGAUUCUCCACUUCAAACGAGUUGGAGCAGUUUUCUCGACCAGCAAUGCUUCCAGUAAGUCUACAAUCCGUUGGUGAAAAAUGUUUAUGCUAAGAAACUGUGAACCAUACGCUUUGAUAAAUAAUAUUCAAUAAAUAAGCUACGGUUAUGCGACACGGACGUCUUCAGU